GUGUCAUGUGAUUAUUGAACUGAGUGAAAAAAUAGCUUUUGCCAGACCUGUUGUGUGCUCUGGAUGUUUGUGCAGCUUUGUUAAACACGACAUUUAUGUGACAAGCUGGACCCAUUGGACCAAACCUACCAGGUUGUAAGAGGAGUAUGCAGCACUGUGCCCUUUGUUCAUAACACCUGAGCUCAUUCAAGUCAUCUGCUAAUCAUGACUCUGCAGAUGGGGAUCCUGUGUCUGGCUCUGCUGGGCCUGAGCACGGCGCUGGUCUGUCCCGAUGGCGGCAUGUGCGAGGACAAAAACACCUGCUGCAAGAACACUGUGGGAGGAUACGGCUGCUGUCCGUUGCCACACGCUGAGUGUUGUUCAGACCACCUCCACUGCUGCUUCGAGGGGACGGUUUGUGAUCUCGUGCACGCCAAAUGUGUCAAUAAGACCGUUUCGCUGCCCUGGGUGAGACGAGUUCCCUCCAAACAGGCCCUGCUCAUCCCUCAGCUCGGGGGGAGACUGAAGGCGGUCAUUUGUCCGGACCAGCAGUCUGAGUGUCCGGAUGACACCACUUGCUGCCAGCUUCUGGACGGCUCCUGGGGCUGCUGUCCAUUAGCCAAGGCGGUAUGUUGUGAGGACAAACUCCACUGUUGCCCCGAGGGUACAAAGUGUGAUAUUGCUCACUCACGAUGUUUGUCUGCCUCUCUGGAGUCCUUCCCCAUGAUGGAGAAACUGCCUGCCAGAAGGAUGGGGAAUAAUUCAGCCUCUACAGUCAGUUCAGUGACGUGUCCUGAUGGAAGAAGCAGCUGCCCAGAUAGUUUCACAUGUUGCCUGCUGACCAGUGGAGACUACGGCUGCUGCCCUUACCCAGAGGCCAUGUGCUGCAGUGAUCAUCUCCACUGUUGCCCUAGCAACACAAUAUGUGACCUGGAGCAUGGGGUCUGCAAGUCCGGUGCGACGAAUGUGUCAGUGAUGAAGAAGAUCUCUGCUGUACCCAACGACGUCGAGUGUCCAGACAAGAAGUCGGCGUGUCCCGACGGGACCACAUGCUGCCAGAUGACCAACGGCACAUACGGCUGCUGUCCGAUGCCCAAUGCUGUGUGUUGUUCAGAUCACAUCCACUGCUGCCCUGCAGGCACAGAGUGCGACCUGGCCCACAGCACCUGCGUGUCGGCCCGGGGAGACACCAGUGUUAAGACCCCCGCUGCUGGGACGGAGCUGACGGCGGUCCACAGCAAAGGCGGCGCUGUUCCCUGCAAUGACUCGGUGGCCUGCGCUGACGGAAGCACCUGCUGUAAAUCAUCAAAGGGACAGUGGGCCUGUUGUCCUCUACCGAAGGCCGUGUGCUGUGACGAUCACGUCCACUGCUGCCCCCACGGUACCGUCUGCAACCUGGAGGCUGAGAGCUGCGACGACCCGGCGGGUUUCCUGCCUCCUCGCCGCUGGCUGGACAAAGUGCCGGCUCGGAGCUCGGAGCUUCGGGAAGUGAAGUGUGACAAGCAGACGAUGUGUCCAGGAGGCACCACCUGCUGUAAGAAAGACUCUGGACUGUGGGCCUGCUGCCCCUUACCUCAGGCUGUGUGCUGCACCGAUCGUGAGCACUGCUGCCCCAAAGGCUACAAAUGUAACAUGGCUGCACAGUCAUGUGACAAGCCCGGAGCUCUCAGCCUGUCCUGGCUGCAGAAGGUCCCGGCCCUGCAGACGGAGCCCGGUCGGCCCGUUUCCGCUCCAGCUCGGCCGGCCAAGAACAUGUGCGACGACCGAACCAGCUGCCCCAAGGACACAACCUGCUGCUUCAUGGACAAGAGCCACAAGUGGGGCUGCUGCCCCCUGCCGAAGGCGGUCUGCUGUAACGAUGGAAACCACUGCUGCCCCAGCGGUCACACCUGUGACCCCCACCGCUCCUCCUGCUCAAAGGGCCCCCACGCCAUCCCCUGGUUCACCAAACUGAGCGCCCUGACCGAGCCGGGCGCCGUGACGGACGUCAAGUGCGACGACAAGAGCAGCUGCGCUUCAGGAACGACCUGCUGCAAACUGCAGACGGGCGAGUGGGGCUGCUGCCCUCUGGUCAAGGCCGUUUGCUGCGCAGACCACGAGCACUGCUGUCCUCAGGGCUACACCUGCAACAUGGAGACCGGAACCUGCGAGAAGAAGAACCGCGACGUGCUCGUCCGCUCCCUCCCUCACAGCAAAGUGGUACGAUCCGAGCCCAGAGACGCCGGGGGCGACGCAGACGUACCGUGUGACGGCACAGGGGAGUUUCACUGCCCAGAGAGAGACACGUGCUGCAAGAUCUCAGCCACAGAGUGGGCCUGCUGCCCCUCACCCAGGGCUGUCUGCUGCUCCGACUCAAAGCACUGCUGUCCCGCGGGAUACACCUGUGACCUGAAGUCUGGAGGCUGCUCUCAGCACAGCCAGCUCACCUGGGACACUCUGUUCGGGGACAGAAAGAAAGACUCGGUCCAACGUGGACUUUAAUCCCUCGAAGGUGCACUGACCCCCCUCACCCUGGAUGACAUCCAUGUACAGCUCAUGUUAUCUGUGGACAAUAAGGGCUUUUAUUCAUUUCCUGUUUUGUUUUGCCACUGAUGGAAGCAUGUUGACCGAGUUUCUGCACUCCGAGUGCUCACUGCAGUCAUCUAUGAAGAAGAAGAAGAAGCACUUUGGUUUGAAGGCGUUAUUUCAACAUGUUCAGGAGUCUUUAUAUUUAACAGCGGUAAGAUAAAUUAUCAUCAUCUUCAUCAUCACGCUCAUCAGUGUGACAAUGAUACAACCAUAGGAUGUACAGGAAGGUCUAAAUGCACAUAUCUGCAGAAUAAUGUUUGUCUUUCUCUGUUUUUCUUAUUGUCAACAAAUCUCAUCAAACAUGUCCGUCUGUCGGCAUUUCCUGACUGAACUUCCUGUCCGUGUUUCUCAGCCCGUUGGUUCCCAUUGAACUCCUAAAUCUUAAAAAAAAAUCAGUCAUGGAUUUAUUGCAAAUCUAUUUUGCUUCCACACACACACACACCAUCAGCUUCUGCUCUCAGUCAUUUCCUCAAACAGCUGCUCACUCCAGUUUCUAUCAAAUGCUGCUGAGGAAGGAAAUAAAGCAUUUGUUGGGACUAUUUUCAGCGGCGGAUGAAUCCACAUUUGGUGCUGUAGUGAGUGUUUGUGGCAGCAGAACGGUGUGUGUGUGUGUGUGUGUGUGACUGAGUCAGAAUAAACCACAGGGUGUGUGUUCAUGGUGAUGAAGGAGCAUGUCAGCCAGAGCAGCAGUGAUGCUCAUUGAUUAGUUUUUAUUGGGCUGUGUAUCAGGCUGUGGCACGCACAGACCUUGUUAGUUGAAUCGAUUCACUGGUUAUUUUGGUCUUUCUGUGAUUUAUUGACAAUAAGGAAAUAUCAAACAGCUUCUUCUUCGUUUUCGUGUUUUCUGAUCGUUACUGUUGGACGUGAGUGAUUGCCCUCCGCUGUUCCAUUUCUCUAUAAAAAAGAGAAACAAAUGAUCGUACUGCCUCACUGCGGGCAACAUUCGAUAAGAUUAACUCCUCAUACUUGACUCAAGGUGUUUCUAAGAAUAGUUAUUUGCAGCAUUUCCUUGUUAAUUGACCAUUAAUUUAAUGCAGCCGCUGAUUUUUUGCCCUGGAGUUAUGAAACAGAAGCAGUGAUAGAAAUCGUGUCUUGCAGUUUGGAUGUGUAGUUUUUUUUUUUCCAUAGACUUGGUGGAAGCAUCAUGAACAAUGACUGACUACAAACAGCUUGUGCCUUCUGUAAUGUGUGAGGUGCUGCUCGGUCAGAAAGGCUCAGUCCAUCGUUUGAGAAGAACAAACGUGCUUUUCUUUGGUGUUUUAAGGCUUCAUUUCUCUAAACACAGCCAAGAACGAAUGUCUUUGUGUUCUGAGCUCGUAGAUUGUAUGAAAACUCCUGAAUUCUGUAAUUGGAAGGAUUUUUUUUUCACAGAGGAGUUUUACUUCAAAGACUUUCUAUGUCAUGCAGAAAUUGUAAUUUUAUUAAAGCCACUCUUUAUGAAUAAAGUUUGGACCCAUCCUGAAAUAAAUGAUCUAAACAUGUGCUCAC